AUGACUAUCAACUAUUGUGAUAUAAGAAAGAUCUGUAGAUUAAUCUUUAUCCUAUCAUUAAUCACCGUAAAUACCAAUGGUAUUAAUAAUGAUAAUUAUUUCACAGCUAUUAAAAAGUCACCAUUAGAUUUUGCAGCAAUCACUUCACAAUUAGGAUCCGCUGAAAGAAUGAGAUAUGGUAAAAGAAAUGGUUUUGAUGUUACAAUGUUACCACAUGUUUAUAAAUUAACAGAAGUUGGUAAGAGAAAUGAUAAUGAUAAUAUUAAUAAGAGAUCAAGUAAAUAUAUAAUGGAACUUGGGGAGUAUUCAAAUUUAGGGAAACGUUCUGAUAACUUUUUACCUGAAUUGACUAAAUUUAAUGAAGUUGGUAAAAAAAGUAAUUAUUAUGAUAAUUUACUAAAAAAAUAUAAUCCAUUGACUAAGAGAUAUCGUGGAGAUGUUAGAGAUAUAACACAUCUCUAUAAUUUAGGUAAACGUCCAAUGUUAUCAGAAAUUGGUGAGUAUGAAAAUGUUGGUAAAAGGAAUAGUGAACAUAUUCCACAUAUUAUUGAAUUUGAAAAAUUUGGAAAACGUAACUCACCAUACCUUAAUGAGAUUGAAAAAUUUCAUGAAUUAGGUAAAAGAACAUCUUAUAACCAGGUAAUACCAAUAUAUGAAAGUGCUGGAAAAAGAUCCUAUUAUCCAUUUUAUGAUAGUGAUACAUAUUAUUAUGAUUCUGUUGGUAAAAGAUUAAGUUCAAUAAUAAAAAAUGUUGCUGAGUAUAAUGAAGUUGGUAAAAGAUCAAAUUCUUUAAUACCAAAUUUAGUUCAUUAUAAUGAUUUUGGUAAAAGAAAUGAUGAUUAUGAAAAUUUAAAUUAUUAUUUUCAACAUGGUAAAAGAUCACCUAACUUGAAUGCCAUCAUUCAACAUCUUAAUGAUGCUGAUAGAUUAAGAUUUGGAAAAUAA